ACUCCUCACAUUACUCCAAAACAACAUGUCCAACUUCAAAUCAAUUGUAUCUUUACAAUUUUUCUUUUUCUCUUCAAUUUCACUCUUAUUGCUUAUACCUUCUUGUUUAGCUUACAAUGUGGUUAAUUUUGGAGCUAAAGGAGAUGGAAAGACAGACUCAACCGCGCCAUUUCUUCGCGCUUGGAUGUCUGCAUGCAGCUCAACUAGUCCAUCCAACGUGUACGUUCCUAAGGGAACGUACCUUAUAAGGCCAGUGACAUUCACUGGCCCUUGCCGGAGCAGAAUUGAGUUCCGUAUUGACGGAACAAUUGUUGCUCCGGUUGAUUAUAAUGUCAUUGGAGGUUCUAAUUUUUGGAUUUUGUUUUAUAAAGUUAGUAGACUUUCUAUCUAUGGUGGAACAAUUGAUGCUAAAGGACAUAAUUUUUGGUCAUGUAGAAGAUCUGGACAUUCUUGUCCUCCUGGAGCAAGGUCAAUUACAUUGUUAUGGUGUGAUAAUGUAGUGGUAAGUGGAUUAAAAUCAUUAAAUAGUCAGAUAAUGAAUAUGGCAAUUGAUUAUAGUAGCCAUGUAAGAGUUGAGAAAAUAAGAAUAAGAUCUCCAAGUGGAAGUCCAAAUACUGAUGGAAUUCAUAUAGAGAAUUCAAGAGAUAUUACUAUCACAGAUAGCAUUAUUCAGACCGGAGAUGAUUGUAUAUCUAUUGGCACUGGUUCUAUGAAUAUGUGGAUUCAAAAGAUUGGUUGUGGCCCUGGACAUGGCAUAAGCAUAGGAAGUUUGGCCAAUAGCCUAAAUGAAGCAGGAGUUCAGAAUAUAACAGUGGCAAAUUCAGUAUUCACAAAAACACAAAAUGGUGUGAGGGUUAAGUCAUGGGCAAGGCCAAGUAAUAGCUAUGCUAAAAAUCUCAUCUUCAGAAAUCUUGUUAUGAGGAAUGUUGGCUACCCUAUUCUCAUUGAUCAAAACUAUUGCCCUGAUAACAAUUGUCCACAGCAGAAUUCAGGAGUGAAGGUGAGUCAAGUAACAUACAAGAAUAUAAAAGGGACAUCUUCAACACAAGAAGCAAUAAAAUUAGAUUGCAGCCAAACAAAUCCAUGUAGUGGUAUCACAUUACAAGAUAUAAAGCUCACUUUUGUGGAUCCUCAUUUGAAAAGACCAGCCUUAACAUAUUGUAAAAAUGCACAAGGCACACAUCGUGGCACGGUCCUUCCUCGGAGUUGUUUCUAAAAACACCAUAUAAUAUGUACUAAUUAUGAUGAUAUGAUACAUGAUACUUGUUGUGUGUAUAUAUUUUCGACUU